CUUACCGUGGGAGAGGAGGAAUGGGCAGCAAAGAGUGCACGCAACGGCGGACGCGAGGAGGAGGAGGAGGAGAGCCGCGGGCCAUGGGAUUUCAGCGGGGAAGAGGGUGAGGGGGAGGGGGGGGGGAAGGAGGAGGAGGAGAAGGAGGAGGAGGAGGAGGAGGAGGAGGAGGAGGAGGAGGAGGAGGAGGAGGAGGAGGAGGAGGAGGAGGAGGAGGAGGAGGAGGACGAGGAGGAGGGGGGGGGCGAGGAGGGGGAGGAGGAGGAGGAGGAGGUGGAGGAGGAGGACGAGGAGGAGUAGCAGUAGAAGGAAGAAUGCCCAUAUG